GCCCCCCAAAUUCCCUGACCAGACAGGUCUCUUAGCUCCCUCUCUUUGUCCCCACGGGAAGAGAGACCAUGGAACCACUCUAUCGGGCUGGGUCCAUCCUCAUGAAGGUGAACACUUUACAAGGGAAGAAGAUGGUGGAGAGCGGCAUCCAGUCCGGAGACUUUUCCCUCCCUCAGUCGUGGCCUUCCUGCUUCCCGCCGCCAGCGGACCUGGAGAUCCUGCAGCAGAAGGUGGCCGGGGUGCAGCGGGAGCUGGCGGACUUCAAGAAGGAGGCGCUGCAGGCCAUCCGUGACCUGGAGGUCGCCUUCUGCGAGCUGAACGGGGCGCUGGCGCAGCAGGAGGAGCAGGCGGCCCGCGUGAAGCAGCGGCUCAGGGAGGAGGAGGACCGCGGCGUCGUGCGGAAUAAGGUCCUCACCUUCCUGCUUCCCCGCGAGAAGCAGCUCCGGGAGCACUGCAGGCGGCUGGAGCGCAUGCUGCUGGGCUCCAACCGCGACGCGCUGGCCAGUCCCAGAAAGAUCCAGGCAAACUGAGGCCUCCUUGCAGCCGAGCGGCCAAGUGGAAGAUUCUUUUUUUCUUUUUUUUUUUUUUAAUGGAGGGGCCAACCUAAGUCCCUCUCCAUUUGCUACCCUUUCCCCAUUCCCAUUGCUUUCCUUCCACCUCAAUAACACCUUGCUGAGAGGCGAAAAGACCCCAGUAUGUUCUUUAGGUGAAGCUCCCGUUCGCCCAGCAUCACAGGAGGCACCCAAUCCUCAGUCUUUCAGACACCUGUAACUUUCACCGUUAACUGUUUUCCUGUUUGUCAUGGUAAUAUUGCUCAAAUGUAUAACAUGAUUUUUUUGUUUUUUUAAUCUUCUUAAACCGAUGUGUUGAA